AUGAAGUUACAGCCAAGGUCGGGUUUAUUACUGAAAUGCAUAAUUCUGAUUGCACGCUUGCUGCAGUUGGUAUGGGAUUACCUUCUUCUCCUAUCCUUCUCUCAGCCUCAAGAAAUUGAAUCACCAGACUAUGCUGAUGAACUUACAGUAACUCGUUAUGAAAAUUAUAAGAAUACAGAGUUUGAGGAUUCAUCAGUCGAGUGUGCUGUUUGUUUAUGCAGCAUUGACGAAGGGGCUGAGGUUAGAGAGUUGAGAUGCUACCAUCUUUAUCACAGAGUUUGCUUAGAUAAAUGGGUACGACAUGGGCACACGACUUGUCCACUCUGCCGGAAUAGCCUAAAGCCACCUCAACUGGCGGUUGACCUCCACCAAGCAGAGGAGGACGCGAUGCUAGUUAACUUCUACGCCCCAAGAUCAAGGGAUGAUUGUUGUACGUCGAGGCUGCAGUGA